CGGUUUGUAGCUCCCAUCGCCCCGCGGAGGCAUCUGGCACGGAGAGGAGGACAGAUCACUUGCGUUAUAAUAUGUCCAGCGAUACAAACGUGUCCCCGGCGGAGGUAGUUCUGGGUUUCCUGGAGGAGGCAGAGCCGUGGCGGCUCCGGUCCCCGCAGUUCCCCAGUAAAGUCGGUGGGAAGCCGGCGUGGCUCAGCCAGAGAAGCCUACCCCCACUGACCAGCCUGGAGUGUGAGACGUGCCGCUUGCCCAUGGCCUUUCUGCUGCAGGUGUACGCACCAAUAUCAGGUCAGGACAGGAGUUUCCACAGAACGCUCUUUCUGUUCUGCUGCAGAACCCCAGAGUGCUACACACACAACGACAGCCGCUGUAUGAAAGUUUUCAGAAAUCAGCUUCCUAGGAGGAAUGAGUUCUACCCUUACGACCCUCCACCAGAGGAUGAACCCCUCAGCGAUCCUGAAUAUGACCACAGUGUGUUGCCAGUCUCUGGAGUUAAACUGUGUUGGGUGUGCGGUUGCCCCGGCAAUAAAGCCUGCUCCCGUUGUCACACCGUGACCUACUGUGGAAAACACCACCAGACCCUCCACUGGAAACACACACACAAGAAAGAGUGUUGCAACCAAGAAGCAUCCAUUGUCACAACCUCUCCCUUCCUCUUCCCUGAGUCUGAGCUGGUCACUGAGCCCGAGGAGGAAGAGGACGAGGGAAAAGAGGAAGACACAAAGGAGGCUGAAGGAGAAGAGGAGGGGCUCGGGGCUCAGAGGGGUGUAGACUGUCCGUCUUUAGCAGACACGCUGACAGAGACAGACCUGGAGGAGAUGGCUAUGAGUGAGACUGAAGACACCAAGGUGUUCCAGAGGUUUAAAAAGAAGAUCGCACCAGAACCGCAUCAGGUAGUGCGUUACAGCCGAGGCGGCUCUCCCUUGUGGGUCUCCUCUCAGCACAUCCCUUCAGAUCAGGACAUCCCACCAUGCAUCUGUGGUGCCAGAAGGACUUUUGAGUUUCAGGUGAUGCCCCAGCUGUUAAACAGUCUCCGUGUGGACUCGACAGGAGCCAGUAUUGACUGGGGGAUACUGGCCGUCUACACCUGCUCUGCCAGCUGUGACCAUGACGACCAGUACUGCCCCGAGUUCAUCUGGAAACAGGACUUCACCUUGGAUCAGCAUACACAGAUUAAACACUCAUAAUGUCUGACACCUACAGCUGGACAGAGUUUAGGACACACUCAUUGCACAGAGCAGUGAGGAAACUGGUUCAGUUACACUUCAGCAGACUGGACAUGUGCUGCUGUUUGUUACCUUGCUGAUUAUACACAGAUCAGAUGUGAAAAUCUGUGCAAUUCAACCAACUGGAGAAUCAAACUCCUCUGUCUGAGACUGUAUCAAGGAGAAUGAAGAUGGUGUUGGGAAGCAGAUAUACACUGUCUGGAUUUGAACCAGAUUUAUGAGGAAAGAGAGCUGAACAGCUCAUAUCCUUCUACCUUAGGCCACCAACCUAUCAACGUAUCACCCCUUGUAUUUCUGACCUAGGAGGUUAGUGGAUUAAAUGUUCAUUUUCAGUGCCACAUACUGUUUAUACAGGUGGGUCUACUAGAGCUGAUAAUGAGCAAAACAAAACAUGUGCUUGUGCCUUAUCACCACAUAAUAAAGAUUUUAACAAAGUUAUGUAAAACGUGCAUUCAUCAUAUUUUCUGCAUUUUUCAGUUUAAAAUAUAAACCAUAGUUAAAGUGAUCAACUUUUUUUUUUAAAACUCACUGAGACAAUUUCAGUGUCAACUAACAGAUUAAAUUCAGUGUUACUUAAAUCAGAGAGCCCAGAUGUGAGAAGCAUCUGAUGGCCUACUGGUUUAGGUACAUACAGUGGGUACAUUGCUCAUUUGCUCUGACAUGCACUGUGAGCUGUAAGGUCUUAUAUAGACAGGUGUGUGGCCUCCCUAAUCAAGUCCAAUCAGUAUAAUCAA